UUCAUAUACAUAUAAGAAACGACCUCAUUUCUCUUCUUCCUACUCAGACACCAAAGCUUUAGACACAAUGGGAAGAGUUGAUUCCUCUGACGAAAUUGAAACACCUCAGCCAGUCGCCGGUGUGCCGGCUGCUUCAUACCAAGGAGUACAUACACCAACAGGAGCUCCAUGGAGCACUGGCUUAUUUGAUUGUCACUUGGACCAAACUAAUGCUACCAUGACAUCAUUUUUACCUUGUGUGACGUUCGGACAGAUAGCUGAAGUUCAAGACGCAGGAGAAAUGACUUGUCCAUUGGGGUCAUUCAUGUACCUCUUGAUGAUGCCUGCUCUUUGCUCUCAAUGGGUCAUGGGCUCCAAGUAUAGAACAAAGCUGAGGAGAAGAUACAAUUUGGUGGAAGCUCCCUAUUCAGAUGUAGUUUCUCACAUAUUUUGUCCAUGUUGUUCACUUUGUCAAGAGUUCAGAGAGCUUCGUAUUAGAGGGCUCGAUCCAGCUCUAGGUUGGAAUGGCAUACUUGCUCAACAGCGAUAUGGGAACCAGCAAAUAGAUCAAGCUCCCUCAGUACAAUCCAUGUCCAAGUAAAUUGAAGAGUGAUUUGUGUUAUUGUUUAAGUUGAGCUUGUACUUUUUAGUUUUUACUCCUUGUUACCAAACUCCAUGUUGAAGUUUACAUCCUUCAAUUCAAGCACCCGGGUAUUGUGUAUGUAAUAUUGUUCCAUUUCAAUUGUAUUAUUCAUUUUACUCGAAAGAAUUGCCUCUUGGCCUUGUUCGUUUCUUACAAAUAUUAUGGUCUUAAAUAGUGACCCCAUUGUAUGGAAAAUAAAAAGUUGACUUAGUUUAUUU